GCAUGUAUAAAUAUAUGUGCACUGAAUACAUUCCACAUGAACAAUUUCUUCUACCGAAUCCUAGAAGUCGGACUGAAGAAGUUCAGAAGGGUUAAUUUCCUUUGCACUAUCAACAUCAUUCACACACCAUGCGUGAGUGUAUCUCUGUCCACGUGGGUCAGGCUGGUGUCCAGAUUGGCAAUGCCUGUUGGGAACUUUACUGCUUAGAACACGGCAUCCAGCCAGAUGGGCAGAUGCCAAGUGAUAAGACCAUCGGAGGGGGGGAUGACUCAUUCAACACCUUCUUCAGCGAAACUGGAGCAGGCAAGCAUGUACCAAGAGCAGUCUUUGUUGAUCUGGAGCCAACAGUCAUAGAUGAAGUUCGCACUGGUACAUACCGACAGUUAUUCCAUCCUGAGCAGCUCAUCACAGGCAAGGAAGAUGCUGCUAACAAUUACGCCCGAGGUCACUACACAAUCGGAAAGGAGAUCAUUGACUUGGUACUGGACAGGAUCCGUAAGCUGGCAGAUCAGUGCACAGGUCUUCAAGGUUUCCUCAUCUUCCAUAGUUUUGGUGGAGGAACUGGUUCUGGCUUUACCUCCUUGCUAAUGGAGCGCCUGUCUGUCGACUAUGGCAAGAAGUCCAAACUGGAGUUUUCCAUCUAUCCUGCUCCUCAAAUAUCCACAGCUGUAGUUGAACCUUACAACUCAAUUCUAACCACCCACACAACCCUGGAACAUUCAGACUGUGCCUUUAUGGUGGAUAAUGAAGCUAUCUAUGACAUUUGCCGCAGGAAUCUAGACAUUGAGCGCCCAACCUACACAAACUUGAACAGGCUGAUUGGACAGAUUGUGUCUUCCAUUACAGCCUCUCUCCGGUUUGAUGGUGCCCUUAAUGUUGACUUGACUGAGUUCCAGACCAACUUGGUGCCAUACCCCCGCAUCCACUUCCCACUGGCAACCUAUGCACCUGUUAUCUCUGCUGAGAAAGCUUACCAUGAGCAGCUGUCUGUGGCUGAAAUAACAAAUGCUUGCUUUGAGCCUGCCAACCAGAUGGUAAAAUGUGACCCACGCCAUGGCAAAUACAUGGCCUGUUGCCUCUUAUACCGUGGGGAUGUGGUCCCCAAAGAUGUUAAUGCUGCAAUUGCCACAAUUAAGACCAAGCGUACCAUCCAGUUUGUAGACUGGUGUCCCACAGGUUUCAAGGUUGGUAUCAACUAUCAGCCUCCUACUGUAGUCCCAGGUGGGGACCUGGCCAAGGUACAGCGUGCAGUGUGCAUGUUGAGCAACACCACUGCCAUUGCAGAGGCCUGGGCCCGCUUAGACCAUAAAUUUGAUUUGAUGUAUGCCAAACGAGCCUUUGUCCACUGGUAUGUUGGUGAAGGUAUGGAGGAAGGAGAGUUUUCAGAGGCUCGUGAAGACAUGGCUGCUCUGGAGAAGGACUAUGAAGAAGUGGGUACUGACAGUGUGGAGGGGGAGGGUGAAGAAGAAGGAGAGGAAUAUUAAAGCCGUGAAAUAGCAUGUCUUCUAAGAUAUGGAUACAACAUGAAUAUUUUUAAAAAAUAUCUUUAAGAUACAAUAAAAUAAGUACUAUCAAA